AGUUUGCAGUUUUACAGAAUCACUUUGCCUCUCGCCUCCGUGAGUCAACUCAAAAUUUCUCAGCAGUGAAGGUAAACGUUACCAUAAUGAACACUUUCAUUAGAACCGCAGCAUUUUGUCUUCUUCUGUCAGUAGGACUGGUUGGAGCGGCUUAUGAAGCAUAUUGUCGGAAAUGUGUCGCAGAGAGUCAACAAGCCUCACUUUUCCCGCAUCCUGAAAGAUGUGAUUACUUUAUACAGUGUGACGUUUCGAAGAACAAAACACUGGCUUAUGAAAAAGCUUGUCCCCCAACGUUAUUUUUUGAUUCAGAAUUACGUAUUUGCGGGUUUGGUGCUGAGAAAUGCAAGGCAACUUGUAAUGAUGGCGACAAAUUCAAAGCGGUUGGUUUUUGUAACAAGUACUAUGAAUGCGCCAACCGUAAAUUUGACACAACUUUGAAAUCCUGCGCUGAUAAAGAGGCAUUCAGUGCCGAUACAAGUACUUGUGUUCCCGAUGCUAAUUGCCCUCCAGUAAUAAACGCCCCCGUAGACUGCAGCAAUUUCACAGUUGACACAAAUCCUCAGGUAUACUUUCAUAAUGGUGUCCGCCAAAGUUGUGCAUCUGGACUGAUAUUUAACCUUACCACAUGUAGCUGUCAAUUGGCAAUAGCACCAACCGUAACCCCAGCUGUUUGUACACUUUUCGAUCUUCCGAUGUUGGCUGAUUUUGAUGAAAAAUCUGCUGGGCGUUCUGUCUUGAACAAUGGUGCUGUUAUCAGUAACGGUGCUGCCUAUUUUAAAAACGCAUCUAUAGUUCUUCCUGCAUUUAUAUUGAAUGAUUUUGGUACUGAUAUCCAAAUAACUGUAGAUUGUUUGUUCCAAAAUCCUACUAAAAGUGAAAUUCCUGUCUUAAAUAACGGCAACUGUGAUCUAGCACCAACAGUUUCUUUUAUGGUGAAAAAUGCCAUGACUUCUAACCCUAUUCUCGAAGCAACUAUAAAGGUUCAAAAUGUUUUACAAGCAGUCACGCUUCAGGCAACUAUUGCACCUAAUACAUGGUCUACAUUCACACUCACAAAAAAGGGUGAUGACAUUACAUUAAUGAAAAAUUGGAAUAUUACUGGUCAAAAAACAGAAGCUGGUGCCUUUGAGUACAUUGAUGCUGCUAUGGUACUUGGAAAAGCUAUUCAAAAAGGUUCCUUCGACGGUUAUUUGAAAAACUUAAGAGUAACCAAGUGUCCGGCCUAAAACAUGCAUCACCGAACGAUUUCUUGGAUUCCGAAUUAUGGCAUAAUGAAGAUAACUGCUUUUUAAUAUCAUGUUCAUCUAAAUUUUAAUAGUCUAUAUAAAAUAAAGCUUAUCGUAUCAGUUUAUUAAUCAGAAUAAAAAUAUUUUUAAAAAACUAUCUUAAGAAUUUCUAAUAUCAGUUAAGUCCAAAAUAAAAACAUUUUUGCAGCAUAA